CCGUGCGUACUCGUACUCGUGACAUUACGAGCAGCAUUUCUCACACAGCUCGGAUACCCGCAUGUGAUAGUGCACGCAUCCAGCAGUGCAUGCAUUCAACGGUCAGUGCGACUGCGAGGUAGCGUAAAACCAAUUUACAGUCGCGGGAAAGUCUGGCGGUGCAGUUUGUUAUCGGGCUGGUGGUUGAACACAGAAGCAGCAUCAAGGAAGUUUGAAGCUAGCUGGUGACAUCGAGUGAAAGCCAAGUGAGCUAGUUGAAGCCGAAUAUAGCUUGGUAUUUGGUACUACAUCCCACUGCACUGGUGAAUUACACUUGAUCAUGUCCGACAGUGACAACAGUAUUUUCUCCGAGGAGGAAGAAGAGGAGGGGGAAGAAAGCUUUCAGAAAGAUAGCGAUGAGGGUAGUCUUGUAGGGAGCGCGGAUGAAGCCGAAGAGGGAGAGGAGGCCGACGACGGGGAAGAAGAACCGGAGGAUGGGGAGGAUUUGAUGAGUGAACCACGGAGCGAAGAGGAGGACGAAGAGGAAGAGGAAGAUCACGAUGGGUAUGACCAUAGGAAGAAGACAAAGAAGAGGAAAGUGGAGAGUUUCAUCAUUGACGAAGCUGACGUUGAUGAUGACUACGGUGAGGAUGAUGAGGAAGAUGAAUGGGAAGCUGGAGCCGAAGCACUGAUCAACAACGCUCCCACAGAUUACAACGAUAGCGAUCAACAUGGAGCCCGACGACUUACUCAGCUGUUUAGUACACAAAAGGAGGAUGAGCUCGAGGAGUAUUACAAGAGGAAGUAUGCUGAAGGGACCAGCACGUCGUACAGAGAUGAAGAUGAGCUCCCAGACUCCAUCACACAACAAGGACUUCUUCCUGGCGUCAAAGAUCCCAAUCUGUGGAUGGUCAAGUGUACCAUUGGUCAGGAGAAAGAGGUCGCAAUCCAGCUGAUGAGGAAGUUCAUUGCGUACCAGAAUACAGAAGAGCCGCUUCAAAUCAAAUCCAUUGUGGCAGUCGAGGGGUUGAAAGGUUACAUCUACAUCGAGUCGUACAAGCAGACUCAUGUGAAGCAAGCCAUCAACGGUGUCGGGAUGCUGAGGAUCGGUCAGUGGACGCAGAAGAUGGUCCCCAUCAAGGAGAUGACCGAUGUUCUCAAAGUGGUCAAGGAGACUGCUAUGCUGAAGGGAAAAGCUUGGGUUAGACUCAAGAGAGGGGUUUUCAAAGAUGACUUGGGCCAAGUGGACUACGUCGAUCAGACCCAGAACCAGGUUAUCCUGAAACUCCUUCCGCGCAUCGAUUACACCCGACCACGCGGCAUCCAGCGCACGGCCCAGACCGCGGCCGAGAAGCGGAAGCGACGGCGUCCGGAGCAGAAGCUCUUUGACCUGGAAGCUAUUCGUAGGAUUGGAGGAGAGGUUACAUCUGAUGGUGAUUUCCUGGUGUUUGAAGGGAAUCGCUACAGCAGGAAGGGCUUCCUCUUCAAGACGUUUGCUAUGAGCGCUAUCAUUGCUGAAGGUAUCAAGCCCACCCUGUCUGAGUUGGAGAGAUUUGAAGACAAGCCAGAGGACAUCGACGUAGAAUUGGUAGCGAAGAGCAAAUCAACCAAAGAAAAGAGUCACAGCUUUGCUCCAGGAGACAACGUGGAAGUGGUGGAAGGAGAAUUGAUCCAUCUUCAAGGGAAAAUCAAGAGCGUCGAUGGAAAUACCAUCCUGGUCCUACCAAAACACGAAGAUCUAAAGGAUACCUUGGAGUUUCCUGCUCAUGAACUGAGGAAGCAUUUCAAGAUUGGAGAUCACGUAAAGGUCAUCGCAGGUCGCUACGAGGGAGAUACGGGAUUGGUCGUCAGGGUGGAGGAAAAUCUAGCCAUCGUCUUUUCAGAUCUCACUAUGCACGAGAUGAAAGUAUUGCCAAGGGACCUUCAGCUAUGCCAAGAGAUGAGCACAGGAGUAGAUUCUCUAGGACAGUUUCAAUUGGGUGACUUGGUUCAGCUUGAUCCACAGACGGUUGGUUCGAUCGUAAGGUUGGAGAAAGAGACCUUCCAAGUACUCAACAUGCAUAACAAGCUUGUUCAAGUAAAGCCCCAAGCUGUUACCCGUAAGAAAGACUCCAGACAUGCAGUAGCGUUGGACGCCGAACAGAACAACCUACAGGUCAAAGACAUUGUCAAGGUCAUUGAUGGUCCGCACUCGGGAAGAGAAGGAGAAGUCAGACAUAUCUACAGGAAUUACGCAUUCCUGCAUUCCCGUCUGAUGACCGAGAAUGGGGGAGUGUUUGUAGUCAGGAAUAGGCACAUUGUACUGGCUGGAGGCUCAAGGAAAUCGGAUGGUGGAUUUUCGACUGGAUUUGCACCCAUGAGCCCACGUAUUACAAGUCCCAUGCAUCCAAGUGCAGGUCCCGGUCAACAGCCUGCAGGUGGACCUGGUGGUGGCGGGCGUGGCAGGGGGCGUGUCGGUAGAGAUAGAGGCCUGAUUGGACAGACAGUGCGUAUAACAAAGGGACCAUUCAAAGGUCAUAUUGGUAUCGUCAAGGAUGCCACCGAAUCAACGGCUCGUAUAGAGCUUCAUACGAACUGUAAAACUAUCAACGUCGACAGGAGCCGCAUGAACAUUGUAAGCGAUCAGAUCCGAAGUGGAAUGACGACAGCUUACAGCAGAAACACGCCCAUGUACGGCUCUCAAACCCCCAUGUAUGGUACCGGCUCUAGGACUCCUAUGUAUGGCUCUCAAACUCCACUACACGAUGGAAGUAGAACCCCGCACUACGGCUCGAUGACCCCGUCACAUGAUGGCAGCAUGACCCCAUCAAGAUCAGGAGCCUGGGAUCCCACUGCACCGAGUACUCCUAUGGGCUUUGACGAGUCGUCUCCCUCGCCCCAACCCUACGGAUCCACCACCCCUGGUACUCCAGGGUAUUCCGGGGAACCCCAGUCGCCGGGGACGGGACCGUACACCCCUGCCACACCCAACUCAUCCGGGAUGUACGGGAGUGAGUCGACCUACUCCCCGUACGGGCAGACGCAGACGCCAUCCCCUGGAAGUUACCAACCCACUCCCAGCCCAUCAAGCAGUUUCCAGCCUGCCCCGAGCCCCGGUUCCUACCAACCCACCCCAUCCCCUUCGGGCACCUACCACACCCCAUCGCCCGGGAGCUACCAGGGCAAUCCCAGCCCUCUAGGGUACUCUGCCAACACCCCCAUGGCCCCAUCGCCCCUGGGGUACAACCCCCAGACACCAGGGGGCGACAUCAUGCACCCCUCCCAGGUCGAUUGGCACACCCCCGAGAUCAUGGUGAGGAUCAAGGAUUCCCAUGACGACCCCUCGCUCAUCUUCAAGGAGGGUGUCAUCAGAAGCGUCCAGGGUCCAUUGUGUUCGGUGUACCUUCCGGACGGGGAGGACAGAGUCGUAACAGUGAAAGCAGUUCAUCUUGAGCCUGUCAUGCCAAGCAAAACGGACAGAGUGAAAGUGAUAAUGGGUGACGACCGUGACAGCACCGGAACCCUCAUCAACAUUGAUGCUGAAGACGGGAUCGUCAAGAUGGAUCUAGGCGCUGCCGAUAUAAAAAUCCUGCAGCUCAAAAUGCUUGCUAAACUCUAUAAAUAAACUUUCUUUAUUAUUGUCCAGUCAUUACAUCUGGGAAACAUUUCAUGACAUGACUUGUCGGUAGUGCUGUAGCCGAACCGCCGAACCGAACGGUAGUUCGCCGAACAUGGCACUUCCGAACCGAACAGAACCGAACCGAACACUAAGACUUGGUUCGGAAGUUCGGCAAAAAAAAAAAAACGGCUUUCAGCUAAUAAAUUUGUAAGUUUACACCCUUUCUAAUUAUUAUAUUUGCGCAUUCUCUAUUUAAUCUUCUUUGCAAUUGUAUGUUGGAAGUAUGCGCUUAUUUUGCGGUUACUAGAUUUUGUUUUCAUUUUCAUGUUGACAUUGUGGUUUUUACGGCAAAGGAGAUCCGAUGAAUGAUGUUGCGCGAGCUUGCGCUAUAAUCAUUUUACUGGCUUUCAUCAUCUCUCGCUCCGUGGUCGAAUCGCCGAAGCAUGGUAAAGAAAACCAAAACUGUAUGAGUGUUCAUUGGUUAAAUCUAAUUAUCUAAAAUAUUGUUGUUUUUAGGUGGCGAACAAGAUUCUUGUUUGAAAAUCUUCAAAGUAUUUUGAAUAAACGAGCUCAAUAAACUGAAAGUGAAAGAUGAAGUACCAUUAAUAUUACGAAUUACGAUACGAUGUGAUUAAGAUCGUAACUCGUGUAUUGUUGCGGCGGAGAAUAAAGAUCAGAUUGAGGUGAUUGACAUUAUUAUUGAGGUGUCGGCUCGCUACUGUCUAGUUUUCAUGAUUUUAGAGAGAAGUAAAGAGUUUUGAAAACGAGAGAUCCAGUGAAAGUGUGAAAUAAAGUGAGUGACUGUUAGAGAUGAAAAGGAGAGACGCAAAACAAAUAAUAUAGAAAUGAGAUGAGGUGAAGUUAUCUUUUUUAUUAUUAACAAUCAGAUGAAAAUAAAAAUCAAACACUCAUGAAUGAUUACGGUAAAGCAUAUAGCAAGAUCCCCUUCCCCUCGUUGACAAGUUGAAUGAAGAUAAAGCCAUGCGGAAACAUUCAUCUCUUGGGGGAAAAUGACCCCCAAUCUUUACUUUUUUUUCCCUUUCUUAUCAACUUCUCAAAUUAACCAUAAACAAUUCGAUGAUCACUCUACUCCCCCUGUCCCAUUACAGUCGUAAAACUUUGCAUCCCACUUGGUCUGUAUGUUCAUGGUCGAAUGAAAUCUGACCAAUGAAAUCACAGAAAUCUCGGGAAUUUCUCUUCAAUCAGUGAGCUGAGUUUCGCGAGCAGACAAAGCACGUGGCUGUAUGUACCGAUGCGACAAUCAGCGACAUGCGAUUGGUGGUUUAGUUCACCCAUCGAGCCAAUUAGCGAAAGGCGCAUUACAUAAGCACGCUUUCUUCGACACGCCCCUGGCCCUACUAUGCCUACAGUUCAGUGCACUGGCGCUGGCCGCCUCGUAUGUGAUGCAAUUGCCAAUCACGUUUGGCCGGACUAGACUGUAUAUAUAAAUAUUCAUGAGCUCAAGGGGACUGCAUGCGCUGGCCUAGCUGGUACGAUCGAGUGCGAGCGUAGUUAAUUUGGCAAGUAUCCAAAGUGUGGUCCAGGUAUGGACGACUAGGAAGAGUCGCCAUUUUAGAACUGUGAGUUACCCAAUAAAUCUGUCAUCAGAUAAUCAAAUUCGAGAUAACUGUUGAUUCGUUGAGCGCUAUAACUUUCAUAGUUUCAUGUCAACAAGAUAGAGAUAAAAUGGUUUGAUGUGACAGGGGUACACGCGAGCACAUGCAGUCAAUCAAGUACAAAUUGUCUACGUUAUACCUGAAUGAACUAUAGCUUUAUCAGUCUAUCAUUACCGAACCCCGAACCGAACCAAUGUUCGGCAAAUUUCUGCCGAACCUUGCCGAACCGAACCGAACCCGAACAUGGUGCCUGACUUGCAGUACUACUUGUCGGACAUUUUAUCUGACAGUUACCAUAGUAAUGGUGCUUCUCAGAAAAUCAAAAUCGAGAAAAGUCGUGCAGGUCUUACAACCUGUCCGACAAAAAUUUUGAUGAAAUGCUCAUCUGAGCAUUUCACGAAAGAACUUGUCAAAUGUUGCAUCCGACAAGUCCUGUUUUAUUCAACAGUUACCAUAGUAAUGGUGCUCCACAGCCAAUCGAAAUCAUGGAAAGCUGUCAGAUCUGAAAACUUUUCAGACAACAAGAUAUUGAUGAAAUGCUCCCUUGGGCCCUUUCUUAUAAAGUAUUAUGAUCUUUCCAAUCGAUCCGAUUUGAUAUAUCUGGGGCCUGUUUCAUAAAGAGUAACACUGGUUAUUAUGACAACUACCAUGUUAACAGGGCUCAGCAGCCAAUCACAAUCAAGCUUUCCAUGGUAGUUAUGAUAAUGGCAAAUUGACAAUAGUUGUAAAUCCUUAUGAAAUUCACCCUGGACCCAUGUUACAAAGAGUUACAAUUGAUCCAAUCAAUCUCAACUGUAUGGAAACCCAUCCUUAACAUAAUUGUUUCUACAAGAAAUUUUGCACAAUCUCCGUAGUAAACAAAGAGAAUCGCACUGCAUCUUCAAGAGAACGAUGAAUGUAUGAUUAUACAUCAUAUCUAGAAAAUAUUUUGAAAAAAUUAGAAUUUUAGAUGUUGAAGUCGCUGGCCAUCCAUAGUUGAGGUUGAUUGGAUCAAUCCCAACUUUUUGUAAGACGGGGCCCUGGCCUUGUUAGGUAAAAAUCUAUCUCUAUUUACUCCUCAAAUUGGCAACAAGCAGUAAUUGUCAAUUUGAUAUGCUCAUACUAAAAAAAAAUUGUGAUGGCCAGAACUUGAAGUCAGAGUGAAUAACUUCAAAAUGUAAUGAAAAUUGUUGAUUUUUUUUUACUUGAUAUAUCCAUACUUGGAAAAAAGGAAGAUAUGAAUUUAACUUGAGUCAAAGUGAAUAAUUACAAUAUUUAACAAAACUUCAAUUAUAAGGGUCCAUGUAUUAACCAAUAUUUAAUUUGCUCUGUGAAAAAGGAGCCAUGAUUUAACUAGGAAAUCAAUGUGAUAUUAAUACAUGUAUAUCAUGUGAGGCUUAGAGAUUUUUUUGUUCUCAAAUUACUCAAGUAUGGUUUGGGAUAUGGCAACCAUUUUCGUGAUCAGAAUAAUAGAUUGAAGUUCUUUGAUCUUUGAAGACAUCGAAACCUGUUUAUCUUCUGAAACACCCGAAAACAGUUUUGUUUCAUACCUUCUUAAUUUCCUUGAAAAUUUCUUGGAAGGCGCCUUGAGCACUCUACAGAGUGGAUUUGGUGCGAUAUUUUUGUGGUCGAUCUUUUUCAUUGGAAGCCACGGUAUAUUGUGAUGUCGCUUCUUUAGAAUUAUGUUGUGAAUUGAUUUUGAGUUGUAUAUAAUACAAAUUGUAUGUUCUGAUUAUUUUUUUUUGCCCAGGCCUAAAAAUGGAGAUUGCUUGCAUACUGUAACCUGACCGAUCCUAAUAACACUUGCCCCCUGUUAUAUUUGUAUUCAAAGUUGACCAUCACCCCAAAAUUUAAAAAAUGUGAUAACCUGGGCCCCAUCUUACAAAGAGUUGCGAUUGAUCCGAUCAACCUCAACUAUAUGGAAAUUCAUCAACGUCAUAAUUUUUUCUUCAGGAAAUUUACACUAUGUUCUUUGUAAUCACAGAGAAGCACAAUGAAUUUUAAAGAAAACUAUUAAUGUAUAAACAUACAUCAUAUCCAGAAAGCAUUUUUGAACAAACUGUAUUUUAGAUAUUGAUGUUGCUGGCUUUCCAUAGUUGUGGUUGAUUUUGACAUUUUGAUUUUGUUUACAAGUGAAAUUCAUAAAGAAUAUCAAAUGGUGUUGAAGAGCGACCUCCAUAUUGUAAGCAGAAGACCUGUAUGGCUGAAUUCCCCUCAAUCUUCAAAUAAAAAUAGAUCUGGGAGCUAUAUAAAAAAUAAAAUGGAAUUUAGAAAAAUACUGAUCCACUGAGCAGGAUUAUUUUCUGCAUUUUUGCCAACAAAUCAUUUUUUUUCAUGUCCCAGGUUUCAGUUUCAGUUCAGUUUAAGUUUUCAGUUUCUUGCUUCUCAACCUCUCUAUAAUUUGUCUUGGACAUUCUUUCUCAAGAAUAUUUUUUAUGACAUGAAGGCAAUGCUAUGAUGGAUGCAUAUGAUAUGAAACAAAUAUUGUUACAUUGAGGUUAAAACCGAUUGAUCAUAAUGUUAAAACUGAUCGAUCGUAAUGUUGAUUUAUAGGCCUGAUUGCACAUAAUAGUUGAUGCAAGCAAUCAUGGAAACCAGCCCUGCUAUCGAUCACUAAGUUCUUUGCCGUAUGGCCCAGAAGGUCCUCGUCUCUUUUGAUGCUUAAAAUUUUAACACAAAAUAAAACAUUAAUCAUAUGCAACUAUAGAUCAUGUAUUUUUGAAGUUGAUAUAUGUAUGUUGCUCACAACUAAUCUGUAACAAGUUAAGCCAUUGAGUAUAGAAAUAUACAUCUAUCUUUCUUUGUCAUUUAAUCGAUGCCCACUUUUGCAAACUCUUUUUUUGCCUAUGUGUCUUUGAAGCCUCUCUACAAUGUACAUGUAUACAUUUGUGUGCACAUGAGAACAUUUUUUGUUCUAGCUUGUGUAUUAAUGUGUUCCAAUUAUAAUUGAAUUCAAACAA